CUCUUCUGUUUGAAAACUUGAUUGGUAUCAUAGCAGUUUUUGACAGUCUGACUACAGCAACGUCUAAAGUCUCGUGUCGUUACAUAAAACCAUUACAAAAUGCGCUGCAUAUUCUCCUGGCAUUUGUUACUUCUUUUCAACACAUUUUGCGCUACAAUGUCGAAGUCAUUGAUAAAAAACCUCCCUGAUAACUGGAAAGAAUUUAUUGAUCCCGAUAUUUUGGCGAAUAGCAACGAAGACUUUACUCGUUACGAUAGUGAUUUACCUGAAGGUGACAUUCUGGGGCUGCAGACUCUUCAGCUGUCCCAGGGCGCUGCAAAUGCUAUCAAUGAUGCUAGUUCUUUUUGGCCCAAUAACACCAUACCAUAUGAAUUCUCCAAGAAGCAAUAUGCUUUAAUGACACCAAAAGAGAUGAAGAUAAUUUUAGAAUCCAUGCAGAUAAUUACCCGUCUUUCUGGUGGUUGUGUAAAAUUCGUGAAGCGUACCGCCGAAGAAGACUAUAUUAGCUUUCAGAAAGGAUUGCAGUGUAUGUCGAACAUCGGUCGUAUUGGUGGAAAACAAGCAAUUACGUAUGCACCGGGUUGCUUAAAACAUCAUGGAGAUGUCCAGCACGAGCUGAUGCACGUCAUGGGCUUCUUUCACGAACAUUCGCGAUCUGACCGCGAUCAGCACGUGCUAAUACUCUGGGAUAAUAUUGCUAAAAGUGACCGCGAUCAGUUCGCCAAGCACGAAGAAGGCAAUACCUACGGGCUUCCGUACGAUUACGAAUCUGUUAUGCAUUACAAAUACAACGCGUUCGCAAAAGAUAGCAGUAUUCCAACCAUUCUCCCGACAGUCAAAAAAUCCAGAGUUGGACAAAAUAAGAAUCUUAGUCCGCUGGAUAUUGUACGGAUUUACAGAAGAUUUCACUGUCAGAUUGCCGACCCUAGCAAUUCCGCAGAUGAAAGCGACGAAGAAGACAACGGAACGAAAUGCCCGGAUCUGCAGUCGUCUAAAGAAACAACAACCGAAAAGGUGGAGGACCAGUGUCCACUUCAAUGUCCUGAAACAAGUACGAUUUCUCAAAAGAUAACGAAUGAAAAGGCUGACGACCAGUGUCCGGUUUGUCCACUUCCCUGUCCUGACACAGGUGACGACCAGGAAGAUGUACCUCUGCCGGAAGUAUUUCCCCAGUUUUCCCGAGAGCCCAUGUCUCUCGACCAAUGUCGGCUUCAGUUCAACGCUAACUGCGAUAAACCUGGACUUACAAUUUUCAAUUGCACAUCAGCCCUGACUCUGGACAUCAACUGCAAUAGUGCUGCUACCUCUCAAGAUCUCCAGCGGAUGAGUACGGCAAUGUCCAAAUCACCUUUAAGAGCAAUUAAACUCAGCGCAUACGACGGGGAAAAGCUUGAUGUGGUCAACUUUGCUUCAGUGCGGAAACAAGUCGUUCUGUUCCAUUUGUACAACUGUAUUUCUACUCGUGCUACGCACCGACUUGUAAUUCUUCAGUUUGCUAAUUUACUGGAAUUCAAAACCGUUGGUUGCUCUAAUCUGGACAUCAAAAAGGCUGACUUCAGCCAGACGAACAAACUCAGAAUGAUUUUAUUUCAGAAUACCAUUAUUCAAACUGUGGAAAAAGCCACAUUCACCAAUCUUCCCGAUUUGAAGCUGCUGUCUAUGGAGAAUGGUUUGAGCGAUGUGAAGACGUUCAGCGAAGGUGCUCUUGCAUACCUUACGCGUCUGCAUUGUGGCUGUGAGUUUCAGUGGUUUCGAAAUUGGUGGAGUGGAAAUCAGCAGCUGUUACGGAAGGCAAACAUUGGCGAAGUUUACCGAAUUACGGACUCGUGGAGCAAUGCUGCCUUUAACAGAGCGGAAAUUUUUUUACCGAUUGAUUGCACAUCCGUUUCUUUAAUAACCGGCUCGUCUUCAGUGGAUUACAGUCAACACAGAUUUUCCACCAACGUACCCGACAGCUCUGAUAUUGCAAACAAAAACAACCAGUGUGACGAUACUACCGAAUUCGAGGCCGACUUCGCUGAUUUCUCAACUGAGCCCAUGACGACGGAGGAGUGUAUAGAACAGUACACUGCACACUGUGUUCCAGCCACACUGGGACUGGAAAGCUGCACAAGUUUCCGACGGUUCGAGCUCAGCUGUGUCCAGGAAGUCAGCUCGCAAGAAGUGAUCGAUCUGGUGGCGUCUAUAGCAAAAUUUCCACCGCGCGCGACGCUUCUCAAGCAGUACGACGGACCUCACAUCGCAUUUUCUACUUUUGCUCCAAUUCGCAGACAAAUUGCCGUUUUCUAUCUGAGUCGCUGUAUGACCUCUCGACCAACAGGAAAGCUCCACGAGUUACGCUUGCCGAAUCUUCUCGAUUUGGGAAUAACCAGCUGCCGCGGCCUAACUAUUUACAAAAAUGACUUCGAGCACUCCAUCAAAUUAAGGAUUCUUGUGUUUUUAAAUGUUACCAUAAACAGUCUGGAGAAGGACACUUUUACGAAUCUGCCUGACCUACGCUUCUUGUCUUUAGAAAACGGUCUCAAAGAUCUGUGUAUGUGUAAUCAGGCCGUGAAAGAUUACUUGUUUAACUUACAUUGUGGCUGUCAGUUUGCAUCGUUUCGCCGAUGGAGACAGGGUAACCUUCGUCUGCUGAGGGAGGCUGAAACCGGUCAAAUAUACUCCGUGGCUGGAGGGUGGUUAAAUGGCGCAUACAAAUACCGCGACGGCGAGUCUUACUUACCGAUCGAUUGUUCUGCGGAUCCUUUUCCUUUUGAGGAUGAAUUCGCUGACUUUAGUCAAACCGCAUUUUCUCUAAAUGAACCCAGCUGUUAAACGUGCACGCAUCCGUUGGACUUGAUAGAGCAUUAUCUACUGUAACUGUAAGCAACGCUUUCUUAUCAAUCCGUACCGGCACUCUGUAGCAACGCAUGAAAUCCGUAAUUAUUGUUAUCGUUAAUAAAAAGUUUUAUGUUUGGAUGGUCAAUACACAGCCGAGAUAUGCGAGAUGCAUAAUUUGUGAAAUAAUUAAAAAAUGGUCGAAUCUUG